UGCGAUAAACCCUGCUUGAUAGAGAAAAGAGGAUGACAGCGAAGUGCAGAGAAUGGAAAUGUGAAAGAGUAAACGUGGAAGAAAGCCAGAAUGUUUGAGUAUGCAUGGGAGAAACUGAGAGGCAUGGGUAUGAGAGAAAAUAUGACUGGUAGUUUGCUUAAUAGCCUGAGCAAUUUAAAUAAUUUAUUUGUAGGCCUUUUAAGAUGGCAGCCAUGGUCAUGGAGGAGAGCAUUUAUAAUCUUCUACCUCAGAUUGUGAAGAAGCCUCGGAUAACAGGGAAGCCUAGUUUUGUAUCAGCAUUUAGACCACAUGUGGAACAUGAAGUACAGCAAGGUAAAUCACUAUGGAAAACAAUUGGACCACCAAAAGUCCAGGUGCCCUCUCCAAAAAACUUCCUUCAGAAGCAUUCAAAAGAACCAAAGUUACCAACAAGAAAAAAAGAUCAAGGCAGUAAAAAACCUCUAGAACUAACUGUGCCCAAAAGAACAGAUCAUCCAAUAAUGGGAAUUCAGUGUACAAGGAAUUUCAUAAAUACAAAUGCAAGUAAUGCUAUCAUGGCAGUGCCCAAGAAACCACUACCGGUUUAUGUAGACAGACGGCAAGGAGACAGAUUUCUUCUGGAAACUUCAGGACUUGUUCCAAAAUAUGUCAAGAAAAAGGAUUAUGGAGUUACUCCAAAAUAUGUAACAAAGAGAAAAGAAGACACAAAAAGAGCUCAGGAAGAGUACGAUGCCUAUGUCAAGGAGACUCUCAGGCAAAAAGCCAUGAAAAGGCUCUCGGAGGAAGAGAGAGAGAAACUUUUAGAGGGUCUCAAAACGAACUGGGAGGAAGUGCAUAAUGCAUUCCAAAGCCUUUCAGUAGAAAUAGAUACAUUACCGAAGAAGCUUCAUAAAGAAAGGUUGGAAACAGAAAUGAAACAAUUGGAACAUGACAUUCAGGCAAUUGAGAAACACAAAGUUAUUUACAUAGCAAACAAAUGAGGACUUCUUUUGAGAAUCUUUUCUUCUAUGAGAUUUCAACAGAGAACUUUCAGUAGAGAUACAAAUCACAUACAUAUUUAAAUAGAAAAA